AUGAAAGUAAGCACAAUUACGGGGCUGCUUGCUACGGUUUACAUGGCUUGUGGGGGAUAUUCACAACAGGUACCCACAAAGGACCAUGAACUGCGUAGGUACUUUGCCAUUGAAAGUGAGUUGAGUUUAGCUGAACUGCAGGAAAAGUAUCCACACUGGAAAUUUGAGCAUGCUGUGCGUGGAUUGGAUUCUCACAUAGUUUUCUCCACAUUAAAGAACAAUGAUGAUGAUAAUGAUAAUGGUAAUGUUAAAAGAGAAUUAAAUACAGAUGAUAAUAUUAUCUCUCAUGAAGAAUUGCUACCGCAUCGGUUGUACAAGAGAACUCCCAUAGACUCAAGUAUGACUCCUUUGAAGGAAGCUGAAUUAAAAUUAAAUAUUCAUGAUCCUUUGUUUGAAAAACAAUGGCAUUUAAUAAAUACCAACUAUCCGGGGAAUGAUGUCAAUGCCACAGGACUUUGGUAUGAAAAUAUUACCGGUCAUGGCGUGGUAGCUGCUAUUGUAGAUGAUGGAUUAGAUUAUGAGAGUGAAGAUUUGAAAGAUAAUUUCUGUAAAGAAGGUUCAUGGGAUUUUAAUGAUAAUACUAAGUUACCUAAACCAAGAUUAGAUGAUGAUUACCAUGGUACCCGUUGUGCAGGUGAAAUUGCGGCUGUUCCUAACGAUUUUUGUGCUGUCGGUGUAGCGUUCAAUGCUAAAUUGUCAGGAAUUAGAAUUCUUAGUGGUGAAAUCACUGCUGAACAAGAAGCUGCAUCUCUAAUUUACGGUUUGGAUAUCAACGAUAUCUAUUCGUGUUCUUGGGGGCCGGCAGAUGAUGGUAGACAUUUACAAGGUCCAACAGACUUGGUUAGAAAAGCUCUUGUGAAAGGUGUCCAAGAAGGAAGAGACAAAAAAGGAGCCCUCUACGUAUUUGCAAGUGGUAACGGUGGUGCAUUCGGUGAUAACUGUAACUACGAUGGCUAUACGAAUUCCAUCUAUUCCAUUACAGUGGGGGCCCUAGAUCAUAAGGGAUUACAUCCUUCCUAUUCUGAAAGUUGCUCUGCUCUGAUGGUAACUACCUACUCUUCAGGUAGUGGUGAAUUUAUCCAUACUACUGAUAUUAAAGGUCAAUGUUCAGAAACUCAUGGGGGUACUUCGGCUGCUGCACCUUUAGCCGCCGGUAUUUAUGCAUUGAUUCUAGAAGCAAACCCUAAUUUGACUUGGAGAGAUGUUCAAUAUCUAUCUGUUUUAUCUGCAAGGGAGAUCAACGAUAAUGAUGGUGAAUGGCAACAAGGUGCUCUUGGUAGAAGAUAUUCCCACAAAUAUGGAUAUGGUAAAAUUGAUGCUUACGCCAUGGCAAAGAUGGCAACCACUUGGAAAAACGUUAACCCACAAGCUUGGUACUAUACAAAAACCCAAUCUGUAAAUCAAAAUACCAAUGAGACCUCACAUGAAUUGAGAUCCCAUUUCACCAUUAAAGAGAAAGAUUUGAAAAAUGCUAAUUUCAAAAGAGUUGAACACAUUAUUGUAACUGUAGAUGUGGAUACUGAUUUACGUGGUGCUACUACAAUUGACUUAAUUUCACCUUCAGGUAUAGUCUCCAAUUUAGGUGUGGUACGUAAAUAUGACAAUUCCAAUGAGGGCUUCAAGGAAUGGAGUUUCAUGUCUGUGGCCCAUUGGGGUGAAAACGCUGUUGGUGAUUGGCAGUUACGUGUCAAUACUAAACAAGAUGGUAGGCUAGUAACUUUUAACAACUGGCGUCUAAAACUAUUUGGUGAAUCAAUAGAUGCUUCAAAGGCUGUUCCUUUCAAAUUUGGUAAUGAUAAAGAACUGGACUCUGAACCAAGUGAAUCCACUGCUGCACCUUCAACAAGCACUUCCCCAAUACCAUCAACUGCAUCCACUCAUGAAUCUGCUCAUACCAGUACUACCCAAACACCUACUACUGCUACUACUACAGCUCCAUCCUCGUCCGCUGCAAUGACAACAUCUGAUUCUAAUUUCGAAGGUUCGCGUACUCGUAUUUUCCCACCUACACAGGCAAUGCACUAUUUCCUGGCCUUAUUUGCUGCAGGUGCAGUGUUUUUGGUCCUGUAUUUUACAGUGUUUUUAAGAUCAAGAAGAAGAAUACGAAGAUCAAGGGCUGAGACUUACGAAUUCGACAUCAUUGACACAGAUUCUGACUAUGAAUCUACCAUGGAUAACAGUUUAGCUACUAACAGUCGUAUGCUAGAUACUGGUGAUGUCGAAGAUUUCGAUUUUGACGUCUCUGACGAUGAUUACGUUGCUGCUACUGAUGAACAGGAGGGAGAUGAACCAGUGGCAACAGAGCAAAGCGGAUCACAAGAAGCUCUGAAUGAUGCUCCACCUGAGGGUGACAGUCACACACCCAAAAGCUGA